AUGAUCAGGCUGCUACUUUCCCUCAUCGCCCUCUUUGCAGUCUUGAUAGUUAGCGAUGAUGUGGGUGAUCAUAGAAAGUGUCUUAGUGGAUUUAUCCACCAAGGGAAGACAACCGGAAGAAUCUUAUCGAUCAACGGUGUCAAUGUAUACGUGGCAAAUCCAAGCGGGCGUGGCCAAAGACACUCCAGCCUAACGGCCCAAAAGGCAAUCUUGGUCUUUCCUGACGUUUUUGGAAUCGACCUGAUAAACAUAAAACUGAUCACAGAUAAAUUAGCAAAUGACUUGAAUACUUCCGCCUUCCUGGUCGAUACAUUCUCAGGCGAUGACGUUCCUGAUGGCCCUCAACCCAACCAGCUACCAGUAGGUUUUAAUAUCACGGAGUGGGGGAAGAGGCAUGGCCCCGAGCAAGUUCUCCCACUCAUCGAAAGUGUCAUCAAGAACCUCACUGACCAGGGUGUCAAGCGAUUUGCUGCCACUGGGUACUGCUUUGGCGGGAAAUAUGUUUUCUUGAGCUCAGACAGAAACUGGAUACAAGUGGGAUCCACCUCCUAUCCUAGCUUGCUGCAAGUACCGGAUGACUUGUUGGAAUUGCGAGAUAAGAGCAAAGCUCCACUCUUGAUCAAUUCGUGCGAAAUUGAUCCACAGUUCGGAGCUGACGCGCAGCAACGAUCCGAUGAACUCUUAGGUGAUGGUCAAUACAAGCCGGGCUACAAGAGAACCUAUUACCCAGGUGCCUCUCAUGGAUUUGGUAUUCGAGCCAACCUGAGUAACCCAGCAGAAAAACAGGCCUUUGACGACUCCUACAAGCAGAUUGUGACUUGGUUCGUGAAAUUCACCCAUGGGCCAUCUCCAUGA